CACUCUUCCGCUGAGAUGGCGCAGGGCGCCCUCUAUGAACGGCGCCCGCAGCACGUUCGCCGUGGCAGCGCUCGGAGACGUCAUCUACGUCAUUGGCGGCUUCAAUGGGACUGGGCUGUUGGCCAGCGUGGAGUGCUACACGCCGGGAGAUAAGCACUGGAUCAAGGCCAAGCCCCUCAACACGCCCGUCAGUGCAGUGGCUGGCUGCACCCUCAGUGGUAUUAAUGUGACGCGAAAGUUCUCCGCCCGGGGGGCUUUGCUACCGCCAGCGAAUCCACAGGCUUCCUGAUAAGCCACGCCGGAGAAAUCGCGUGUAACACGCGGCAAGAAAACUCUGACUCUUACACGAAACUACGCCCAAUCAUAAAUUAACGUAACUUACAUGCGCCUAAAGUAUUAAAAUAAAAACAUGAACGCAUUAGUAUGUAUAAACUGAAACUUUUGCUCCAUUCGACUUUAUUGCUGCGUCGAACGGACGAUUCGUCCGAGAAUCUAUACAGCAUUUUCUGCGCGUAUUCGCAUCACUAAAAAUUGACAGCAAUUACAUGCGUCA